AUGCGGCGAGACGUACGAAUUCUAGUUGCUGGAGACGACGGUGUUGGAAAAAGUACCUUGAUAACAUCUCUCAUUAAAGAACAAUAUGUUCCAAACAUACAACACAUAGUCCCUGAAGUGACAAUACCACCAAAUAUUACUCCUGAAAACGUUACAACACAUAUCGUAGAUUCUUCAGCUCGAGCUGAGAAUCGAGAACAUUUAGAAAUGGAAAUUAGGAAGGCACAUGUCAUUUGUAUUGUAUAUUCCAUAGAUGACCCACAUACUUUUAAUCGCCUCGCAUCAUAUUGGUUACCUUACAUUAGAGGCCUUGGAGUGAAUGUUCCUGUUGUGUUGGUUGGCAAUAAGAUAGAUCUUCGCGGUGAUCAAGUAGCAAAUCAAUCAUUGGAGGACGAAAUAAUACCAAUAAUGAAUGAAUUCAAGGAAGUAGAAACUUGCGUGGAGUGCUCGGCAAAACAACCGCUUAAUGUUUCGGAGGUAUUUUAUUUUGCACAGAAAGCCGUUCUGCAUCCUACUGCUCCAUUAUAUGAUUCUCGGGAACACGUCUUGAAACCAGCGUGUAAAAAUGCACUUAAGCGAAUUUUUAGUCUGUGUGAUGCUGAUAAAGACGGGGUAUUGAACGAUGAUGAGUUGAAUGACUUUCAGCGAAAGUGUUUUAACGCGCCUUUACAACAACAAGAACUCGAGGGUGUUAAAGAUGUUGUAAAAGAUAAUGAGCCAGCUGGUGUUAAUGAUAUUGGAUUGACGGAGCUUGGCUUUUUAUUCCUUCAUAAACUUUUCAUACAAAGAGGUCGCCUUGAAACAACAUGGACGGUCCUUCGACAGUUUGGCUACGGCGACGAUCUUUCUCUGCGAGAGGAUUUUUUAUAUCCAGAAAUCGACAUACCAUAUGAUUGUUCGGUAGAAUUAAGUCCUUAUGGGUACCAAUUUUUUGCUGAUAUAUUUCAGGCAUUUGAUAAGGAUAAAGAUGGGGCAUUAAAAGAUGACGAACUAGAACAACUUUUUAGCACAGCUCCUCAAGGAUCUCCAUGGACAAACUCUGAAUUCCCGCAGACUACAAUCACAAAUGAGGCUGGGGCUGUUACCUUGCAAGGAUGGUUGGCUCAAUGGAGUAUGACCACUUUACUUGAUUAUAAAACUACAUUAGCCUAUCUCGCUUUCCUUGGAUUUGAAGGUGACACAAGAAGUGCUUUGAAGGUGACAAGACCAAAAAAACUUGAAAGGAAACGGAAUAAAGUGCAGCGUAAUGUCUUUCUUGUCUAUGUGUUUGGCGCAGCAGGCUCGGGUAAGACCACAUUACUGAAAACGUUUCUAAACAAACCAUUCACGGAAGGAUAUUCGCCAACAACGAGAACUUUUAGUGUGGUCAAUUCUGUGGAAAUCAAAGGAGCCGAAAAGUACUUAGUACUUCAAGAAUUCGGCUCAAAGUAUGAAAACGAAAUUCUUCAAAAUAAACGCAAAAUGGAAGCAUGUGACUUGUUAUGUUUUGUAUAUGAUUCUAGUGAUGUUAAUUCUUUUUCAUAUAUUGUGGAACUGCGGCGAAGGCAUUUGAUAUUAGAAAAUAUGCCGACGGUUUUUGUUGCAACCAAAAGCGAUUGUGACCUCGUCCAACAGCGACACGAAGUCCAACCAGACGUCUACUGUCGCACGCUCGGUCUCUCAGUCCCUAUAAGCGUGUCGGUACGUCUCCAACAGAUCGCCGACCUAUGGAUUUUGAUGACCGGAUACGCAAUGAGCCCCGCGACAGCGACGCCAGGCGGAAUAGUGGACGCUACACAUGGAACGUCGCGCGUGAAACGGUAUUUAACAUUCACAGCUUUGACUGGGAUGAUUCUUGGCGCGGCCUUUUUGGGGUUCCGUCUCUUUCAACAGCAUAGGCGGGUGCUGAAUGUUAAUGUGAAUCCGAGUGUGAUGAAUACGUAA